AUGAAAGCGCAGGUGGAUGUGGUCUGCUGUAAAUCAGUAGGAACUGAUCUGUCCAUGCUGGAUAUUGAGGAUUUCAUCACAGAAAUCUGUCAGCUGAAGAAAGAGGUGGCUUCACUGGAGGCAAAGCUGAGAGAAAGAGGAGACAAACUGAACAGAGAGGAUGUGGAGCAGGUUUGGGUGCGUGAGACUGAUGGGACAGAAGCUCAGGAUUCAGUCUGGAGCGUCAGAGAUCAGAGAUCCAGAGACACACAGGACUCAGAGCUCAGCCUCACUUUACUCUGUUAUACUGACGCUCAGGAUCAUGAAUCCACUGAUCAAACCUCUGACUGUAACGCUGGAGAACAGCAGAUGCUGCAGACGCCGCUGAAGAUGUGCUCCGUCAAACUGGUGGACUGCAGGAACCUGAUCGAGAGCAGAGGAGAAGAAACCACCGCAGAGAAACAACAACAACACACUGAUGAGGAAGAGGAGGAGGAGGAGAAUAAUGGGGAGGAUGAUGAAGAUUGUGCUGAGAUUAAUGGUGAUGAUGAUGAUGAAGAUUUCAUUCCUCCAGAUGAUAAAGGCUGUACAUCUUCUGAUGUAGAGACAGACUUAACAUCAAAAGAGCAGCUGACGGUCAAGAGUUUCUCCUGCAGCACCUGUGGAAAAACACUGAGUUCAGAGGGUCAUUUAAAGAGACACGAGAGAAAACACACAGAACAGAAAGACUACAGCUGUAAGAUAUGCAACAUCAGCUUUCCUACCGCAGAAGAGAGGAGACUUCAUUCAAAAGAGCACAGCGGGAAGAAGGAGUAUCACUGUGAACAGUGCGGGGAGAUUUUUUUCAUUCGUUCUAGUUUAAAAGUUCACUUAAAGACUCACGGUGAAAAGUCUUUCCACUGCAGUGAAUGUGACAAGUAUUUCACCACCAAAGGAAAUCUUGAUGUUCAUAAGCGAAUCCACACGGGAGAAAGACCAUACAAGUGUCCGCACUGCGAGAGAAGAUUCAAUCACGGAUCUCAUCUGAAGACACAUAUGCGUUUGCACACUAAUGAGAGACCGUAUCAGUGCAGUGAAUGUGGGAAAGCCUUCACAAACUCAUUCUGUCUGAAGUCACACCAGAAAAUCCAUUCUGAUGAGAAACCGCUUCAGUGCAAACACUGCGACAAACGAUUCCGUCAUAUUAAUAGUUUGUACAUUCACGAGAGGACACACACCGGAGAGAAACCAUAUCUGUGCUCCUACUGCGGGAAGAGCUUUUCUGAUCCACGUUCUUUUGUAUUUCAUAAGCGAGUCCACACCGGAGAAAAACCAUAUCACUGCAGCGUCUGUGGGAAGAGUUUCAGUAAACAUGGCACAUUACAAAACCACAUGAGGACUCAUACUGGAGAAAGACCGUUCAAAUGCUCACAGUGUGAAAAGACGUUUGCUCGAUCAGACGUCCUUAAGGUCCAUCAGCGAGUUCAUACAGGAGAGAAACCUUACUCCUGCUCCAACUGCAGCGAGAGAUUCGCUUAUUUAGGUAGUUUCCAGACCCACCAGAACAAACACGCUAAAGAACAAACUGCUCCAGAAUCAUCAGAGUGACUUUCAUCAGUCAAUCUGGGAAAGAAAUCUUGUUUGGCUCGUCCUGAAAGUGUUUAUUGAGUUCUUACUGAGUGAACUUUUUUAAUGCUGCGGAUUGAUCCAAGUUCUGUAUAUAAUGUCAUGUUUGACAGAGUAAAGCAAUGAUUUUAGGUUAAACCAGACAGAACUAUUAAAAAUACUCAAAAUAAAAUACUACAAUAAUAUGAUCUCCUAGGUUUCAUAAGGCAUGUUUUAUGUGUUGAAAUGCAUGAAGGAGAGUCUGGCAAAUACACUCUACUUUUUCAUUGUUGGACCGGUUUCUUUUAAUCAAGAGAGAGCCAUGGUUUCUAAACUAUCAAUUUCAUCACUGUUCUUCAAGAGCAUUUAUGCUGCUGUGUAAGGUAAGAGAUUUACUUGGUAGAAACGAAUCCUCUGGGAGGAAAAGUUUGGUGCAAGGACUGGAGUUGAAAACCUCUGCCAAAGACUGAGCUAUACACAGACAGUAAGCACUGAUGGUACAUGGACUGUUCUGACGAUGUCUUUCAUACUUUUCUGGACCUUGACAAUGUAGUCUAUGCGAAAGUAACAAGCCUCCAAAAACGUAAUUGUGCAUUUUGGACUUUGCAAGCAUGACGGUGUACACUGAAAUUAAAUAUGCGGUUUUUAUUUAAGUGAGAAAAGCAGGUGCAGAUAUAAUAUCACACGCAGUCGUUCUGACUCAGAGAGAUUAGCACUUCUCGAACUGUAGGAGGCGCUGUGACCAUCUUAGUCCAGUAAAUCCACCGGUAAAACCACUGAAGAAGAAAAGACGGUUGGAGGUUUACAGACUCGGUACGUGUUUUAACUCUUUAUGUUUUGUUACCUUUAGCACGCUAAUGAGCUUGAAUGAAGCGUUUGUUAUCCAGAUCUGGUUUAAAUUAAGCCAUAGGUUUUACUAAAGUAACCAUAGUUUAACUUGGGUAUUUCUAAUAAAACCACAUUAGGCUAAACACAAAUUUACCAUUGUUUUAAUUACUGUAAUUACAGCAAAACUUACAAUGGUAAAUUUGUGCAUAGCCUAAAAUAAGUGUCCAGCAUAUAAACAUAUAACUUUUAUAGUAUGCUGGAAAUGUUUGAAGGAUUCCUAAAAUCAAUUAACUGUCGAAUUUAAGUUAUAGCGUUAAGCUUAUUAAAUACAGCUUAAUUGAAGUGAUAGAUUUUAGAUAUUCCUAUGAAGAAUAUAUUCCUAUUCAACAAUGAACCUAAACAGGUGAGUCUCAUCAAAUACUUUUUAUAUUUGACGUUUCCGAAUAUCCAGAAGUAAAUUUUCUUUAUUCAGUACUGUGUAGUUAUGCUUUUAUUUUUGAUUGUUCACUUUAUUAUAAAUAAUGUAUAUUUAAAAUAAAUAAUAUAUAAAUAUUGUAUAUAUUGUAAUAAUCAUGAAGUGUUUGUGCUCAGAUGUUGAGCAUGAAAGCGCAGGUGGAUGUGGUCUGCUGUAAAUCAGUAGGAACUGAUCUGUCCAUGCUGGAUAUUGAGGAUUUCAUCACAGAAAUCUGUCAGCUGAAGAAAGAGGUGGCUUCACUGGAGGCAAAGCUGAGAGAAAGAGGAGACAAACUGAACAGAGAGGUUUGAACAGAUCUUCAGUUCAUCCUUCAGCUCAGUCACUGUCAGUUUGUCCAG